AUGAGGUACGACGCAACCCAAGACCCACAUGAGCAUCUCACGGCCUUUGAGGCCAGAAUGAACCUGGAGGGAGUGGGAGACGAAGUGAGGUGCCGUGCUUUCCCGGUCACUCUGGCGGGACCUGCAAGACGUUUGUUUAACAGCCUCCUACAGGGCUCGGUGGCUAGGUUUUUGGACAUUAGCCGCGCUUUCCUGGCCCAAUUCACUACCAGAAUUGCAAAGGCAAAGCACCCGAUCAACUUGCUCGGGGUGACACAGAGGCCCGGCGAGCCGACCAGAAAAUAUUUGGACCGGUUCAACGACGAGUGCUUGGAGAUCGACAGGCUAACUGAUUCGGUAGCCAGCCUGUGUUUGAUGAAUGGACUUCUGAACGAGGAUUUUAGGAAGCAUCUCACCACGAAGCCGAUGUGGACGAUAAGUCAGUCAAGUCGUGACUGCCAACAAGCGGCAGCCCGCCUACAACCAGCCUCGGCAGCAUGGUGGCGGGGAAAGGGUGAAGAAGCACGCCAGAGACAGCGGGCCGGCCAAGACAUCCAGGCCAUUUCCCCGAGUAGGGAAGUUCACCAACUACACCCCCUCACCGUCCCUAUCAUAGAAGUUUAUCAGCAGAUAGCCGAGAAGAGAAUUUUAUCAAAGCCCCGACCUCUAAAGGACAGAAUCGGGGGGAACAAAAGCCUCUAUUGUGAUUAUCAUAAGGGCUACGGACAUAAGACACAGGAUUGUUUCGACCUGAAGGAUGCGCUAGAACAAGUGAUCCGAUAUGGAAAGCUGGCCGAAUUUUCCCACCUCAUCAGGGAGCCGAGGAGACGGGAUCGCCACCGCGAGGGAGAGGACAAGACCUGCACAGUGAAGCGACGUCAGGAGACAGAGGACAACGAGCACGACCUUACCAUAGUAAACGUGGUAACAGCAAGAGACGCGGCUCCGAGGUCGAGGUCGGCACACAAGAAGGACGCCAAAGUCCUGGCAGUCUCCUCCUCUUCCGUGCGAAGCUCCAAGAGGGUUCCGCCCAUCUCGUUCGGAUCGGAGGACCAAUGGUUCGACGAGGUCGCGGAAAACCCUCCUAUGGUCAUUACGGCCAGAGUGGGAACCGGCCUCAUCAAGCGGAUCUUCGUAGACACCGGGGCUGACUCGAAUAUCAUGUUCCGUAAUGUGUUUGAUGCCUUGGGUCUUCGGGAUGCCGACUUAAGGACUCAUCAGCACGGUGUAAUAGGCUUGGGCGACCACUUUAUCAAGCCCGACGGGAUAAUUUCCCUGCCAGUAUCCGUUGGACUAGGACAGGGAAGAAGAUCGGUAAUGGCUGAGUUCGUGGUUCUGCGAGACUCCACGGCCUACAACGUCAUCCUAGGAAGAAAGACUAUUAACGAUCUCGGGACAGUGAUCAGUAGAAAUAUGUUGGUAAUGAAGUUCAUCACUGACGACGGAUCCGUUGGAUCCACAAAGGGAGACUUGGAAACGGCAGUCACUUGCGACAAUGCCAGCCUCUUCUUAAGGAAGAAAUCCAAGGAAGCAUCGGGAGUAUUCCUCGCCAACCUGGAUGCUAGAGUCGUUGAAAAACCCAGACCCGAACCGGAAGGGAACUUAGAAAGGUUUAGGGUUGGCAACACAGAGGAAAAAUUCACUUUCGUGAACAGGAAUCUCCCACACGACAUGAAGGAACCCUUAAUAGAAACGAUAAGGGCUAACGGCGACUUAUUUGCUUGGACGCCAGCUGACAUGCCGGGGAUAGACCCCCAGCUCAUGUCGCAUCGCUUGGCCAUCAAAGCGGGGGCCAGGGCGAUCGCUCAGAGGAGAAGGAAAAUGUCACAAGAAAGGGCAGAGGAGGUGGCCAGGCAGACGGCCAGCCUUCUCGAAGCGGGAUUUAUCUAG